AUGGUGCACAUCCUCCACAAAGGGCCAGCGCAAGCCAGCGUUCUCAUUCAGGUCAUCUUCGACCACACGAAGUACAACGGGCAAGAUCUGCUGAAAGCGCUGGCGGUCAACUACGAUGCCUGGGAGGAGUUGGCACUCUGCUCGGAGGAGAACGAGGUCGCCGGCAAGAUGCUGCAAGUGAACGAGUAUAUCAGCUUGCGGAGGAUCUUGCCCUACCUGGAUCAAGGAAUUUCCAAUCUCACGCCAGAUGUUGAGCUCUCCGAAGCUCUCCAUGCGCAGAUCUUCGAAAGCCCGGCUGCAGAGGUUCCCAUGCGUGAGCUUUACAGAGAGAUUGCCCAGCUCUUUCGCAGCACUUUCGUCAUCUACAUCGACUUGAGCCACCUGUUCGGAGAGCCUUGCAUGCUGCGCUAUGCCAUCCGACCCGAGCGGGACUUCGAUGCACAGUGGGACGAGAUCCGAGCUUUGAAGAGCAACGCGCAAGGGGCUGUGGUGCACCAGUGGCAUCUGCAUCUUGACCCGAAAGAGCGAUGGGCCACGUGCCUGCAGUCGCCGUCCUCGGCAUACCUGCCCCUCUACGGAACUCAGAAGCCCGACCUGGGCUCGACGGAAAUCACCGGGAUCGCCGUGACGAAGUCACAGGAGUCCUCCCGUUGGUUUUGGUCCUUGGUGUCCAGCGCAACGUCGUCUCCCAGUGACGAGGGCUUUCCCCGUCGGCUGGCCAGCUUCAAGGAAGCCUUCAGCAUGGAGCCCAGCAGCAUCCGGAUCGAG